GUCACCUGUCCUUUGCCGCCUUCCCGGACUGCACCAGACGGUGAGCAUACAACAGAAGACAUGGGAACAGGAGCCACAGAGACAGACCUGAUGGAGGGAUUCGUAGACAACCCUACCAACCCAGCCUACACCUACGACGUUACGGACCUGCCGGGUCGAGUUGAACAUCUUCUACACUACGUGUACGACCAGUAUGGUGGUGACGUGAUGGAACCAUCACAGAGCGCCACCCAGCGAUCUUCGCCGGAAGUGUCAGAUUCAGGAGAUGUUGAUGCUGAGCUAAGAUACCUUAGCAAUGAUGCAACAAGUCCCACGGCCAGCCUCCAAAGCUUCGAAUUGCAGCUGCAACACGGGCAGACACCGCUAGGACAUCCGAGAGAUCAAAUUCUUUCGAGAGGGAGCACUCCAACAGACCGCAUAUCAUCAACAAGUCCAGCGUCGCCCAGAGCAACUUCGUCGCCCGAAAGUUAUGAAAACAAGAAGACCCCGUCUACGAUUGGCAAUGUACUUCUUUCAACUUCUUCUGCUAAGAACGAACCUUCUAAAAGCGAUGAGAAGAGGUUUUAUCACAAAGUCAGUACGUCGCUCUCGGUUGAUGUGAUUGUGCACAUUGCCUCCAAAGAAUCGUCUAGCGUGAACGACUUAACGGAUGUUGACCCUGACUCGCAACUCGCUGGAAGCCAUCUUGAGGGACGUUCGCCGAAAGGAUCGACCAAGAAAACGCUUGAUAUAGAAACGGAAGGCCUCCCUCUUUCCUCUAAGCCUCCUAUAUCACCAAGGGUAUCAAGCAUUCACAAAAAGCAACCUGAGAAGAAAUCUCGCUCUGAUCGCCGAAAGAAAAUGACUCGUACAAGCUCAGUGUCUCCUAAAAGAGAUCAAGGAAAGAACAAGCAGGCCGAAGAUUUUGGCGACGCCCUAUGGGAGCGUGCCGGAGCCAGAUCUGCGGCAAGCAGUCCUGUUGAUACCGACUGUCCUUCUCCACCGUACCCUCCUCCACCUCGACCGUUUCUCCCGUCACGCGAAGGUAGUACGACCGUCGAGCUGGUUAAAAACAGGCGUCGUGGAAGAGUUAGGAAGCUGAAGUCACGGCACUCUAUGGUCGGGAGCAUUUCGGAAGUCAACAGUUCCGAUGGAUCAUUGGAUCUGCCUCCGUUCACACCGCGCCAUAGCCCUGAACUCACACCGAGAACGGCCUCUCCAGAUCUGGAGUCGCCAACACGGAACAAGGAGAGAGAUUUCAAGCCUGAAAAUUCGUCUGGAGAGGCGGAUUACCUAGAGAACGAUGAUAACCCUACGCCGACUGAAGAGGCGUCGAAUGACAUAGAAGAGAAUGACGACAAAUAGAGGGUCUUUAAAUUGGACUACAUUCAAACCUUAAGCUUCUUGUAACAGUCUUUCGUUCCUCAAUUGUCCCGAUGCACAGAUAUAACACAUGUACAGUCCUUGUCAAUCUCAUCAAAUAUGUACCAACUUCAUGACUUUACCCUUUGAUUUUAGCCGUGCAAGCCACCAUAGAGUUUGAAUGAAGUUUGUGAACGGUGUUAGGACGUAAUAUAGCAUUGCUAGUGAAAGGAAAGUGUGGAAGUUUACCAUUACAAAUAUGUGUAUAGAUACAUGUAUAAUGUACUGUACUGACAGCCACAAAGUAAUGUGGGCCAUUAAUGUUUCUUGGUGUAAGGUCUCUGUAAAGGUCAAUAAGUCUUGUUUUUUCUCACUUUUAAUUUAGAUAAAAGAGCAUGCUACAUGUAUUGUUAAAAAGUGUUAAGUGUCGAGUGUUAAAAACUUACAUAUCAUAUGAGAAAAAGCCAACAGCAAAAUGAUCAAACAAAGUGUUUGAAAGCAGAUACAAAAUGUACCAUGUCCACUGCAAGUGACGUUGGUAUGCACAUGUUUGUCAGUUUUACUAAUUAAUAUUGACACAGCUCAUAUACUGGGCCAAGCUAAGACCUUGACGUGUGAAUGUGGAGUUAUUAACUUGGUGUAGAACUUAUAAAAAUACAUGUACUUGCAAUGUAGUAAGUGCUUGUAUUACCUACUAGAUGAUUUUACCCAUCUUCAGAAUA